AUGGCCCAACCCGACCCAGACUCACCAGGUUCUGAGUAGGGCCCUUAUGUUCACAACUGGGUGAUGAAUGGGGAUUAAAAUGUUGUGUUUAUUUAGGGAGUUAAUCAUAGUGUUGGAAUAACAUCAUAUGGAUGACCUCAUGUCAUGAGAUGUAGAGAGGACUGUUUCACUGCGGUGUUGACAUUGACCUAAUCCUUUUCCAUUAUCUUCGUCCAUUUGAGUCAAGGUGCUAAUUGUCUAAGCCUUGUCAAGUUGACUAAGGUAGAAACUCUGUCAACCAGACAGGUUUGCAUUGAAGAGCUCCCUGACCUGCGAAAUUCAGGCCAUUAUUACAACCCACUGUUUUAUGUCAUCAGAUGUAGUGCUUUCUCAUUCUUCAGUUUCCUCAGUUGCUGUUCUAAGUCGCUGGUGUUUAAUGAAGUCUCAACGCUUGUGAGUGUGACACUCAAUGCCUGUGGCUAAGCUGCCCAUUAAUAAUUUGUUUCUUAUGAACAUAGAUUUGAGAUCUUGCUGUAGGGGAAUGAGCUGUUCAGUUUAACUGAAUAGGCUUUGUCCAUCCUUUUGUUGGAGACCAAAUGUAGUCAGGCAUUUGAUGUCACAUCAUUGACUUGCAGGGCUCUACGCUGACCUUUUUGUUUUACAAGGAUGACGUGUGUGCCUAAAUUGUAAAGUGUAGGUGCACAUAAAGACAUUUAGGAGCACAAUGAAAAAUGUCAGGUAAUAAAGCUAGAAUCCUUAAUUUUUCUAGGUACACUGGUGCUCCUUAAUUAAAAUUACAGGUCGUAGAGCAAAAUAUUUAGCCUUAUAUGCGAGUAAAAUCGUCGCCACUGUAGAGCCCUGCCUUAAUGCUUUUUUUCUAUGGUCUGAAACUCCCUAAACAUGGAUAAAGUUGUGAAACAAAACCCUUUUAAAUCAGUCAUUAGAUCAGCUAUUAAUCAGUUUAACUAAAUUGCAAAAGUUUAGGCUACAAGUGGAACAGAAAUCUGAUCUUUUGUUUUUGAUUUGCUGAAAACCUUGGCCACUGUAGGCUAAGCCAGGUUGGGGCUAUUGCUUGCAGGGUUGCUUGUUGUGAAAGUUUGGGUAUAUAGCUGGGUUAUAGCCUAUAGCCUCCAGUUAACACACCAUAGAGUUAUUCUACUGUAGGCCAGCUAAUAGUGAGCUGGUUCGAGUAUUGUAGAGUAGUUGCCCCAGUUGUGGCGUUAGGCCUCAUAAUAUACCUUCUAUUAAUGAUUUUCUUCUUUCUCUCUAGGAUGGCUUGGACGCGUUGGUGUACGACCUUGACUUUCCAGCCUUGAGGAAAAACAAAAGCAUCGACAACUUUUUGAAUAGAUGUAAGUAACUAGCCCAUACGAGGAUAUUUUCCCCGUUUGUCCUCCUUCCUUUGUGCAGAAUCUGCCAUGUAGAACAGACACACCAGUGUUUCCCCUAGGAUUUUUUUCAGCAGUGGUGGCAAAGUUGCCGUUGGUUGGGGUGGUGGUGGGCGUGGCCAAUGGCGCAAUCUCCCGACCAACAUUUUUAGAGGCCCUCCUCUUGGCUGCAGAGACACAAUUUAGCUGUUUUAAAGCACAUUUUCUGCAAUUCUACACAUUUUGCCAUGGCUUAUGGCAUGUUGUUAUACUAUCUGAGUGACUCAAACAUUAUAACAACAAAAUCAAUGGGGGCCCCAUAACAAUUUUAGAUUCUCCUUGACUGUCGUUUUUAUUUUGGUGAUUUAGUUCUCAGAUUAUAUUAUUAAAAAAAGAUAUAGCUCCAUUAUCUUUUCUAUAUGUUUUAUCUGGCUUUAGUCGUUUAAUUUUACACUGUUUGAAUCUUUUUUUUUGAGUCGCGACAACGAUUUAGCAGUGGCGGCAGGAGAGAGUGGAGGCUGUUUUUGGGUCACUGCCUCACCUCUAUCCAGGCCCGGGUAUAAUUGUGUCUGAAGCUUAGCCCACUCAGGGUCCCCAACAAAGGGGCUUUCAUGAGUAGCUGGUGACCCACAUGGUGUCUAUCAUGACGGGUUCCCUUCUUCACCACUACACCCCCUAUGACUGUGGAACUUAUGGAGGCUAUGGCAUUUUUACACAUGGACUCUUGUCAUCCGUGUUAGUAUAUCUAUGUUAACAAUUCUUCACAAACUGUUCAUCGUAUUAGAAACAAACUAUUUGUUCAAUUAGUCUUGUUGGUACUUUUUUCACGUUCAGCUAGGGCUGGGCGAUAUUCCAUAUUUUACUAUAUACCGGUAUUCUUGCACAGACCGGUUUGGGUUUUUACUUGACCUUCUAUAAUGGUAUUUUUAAUGUUAAAAAAAAUAAAAGGUUAUACACAAGUCCAGUGCGUGUAAUGUCAGUUUUUAUAGUUUACUCCAUCUGCUAUUUGUCACCUUUCCCCCUCCUGCUGCAUGCCCCCUCCCACACCAAGCCCUGCCCUCUCCCACACCAAGGCCUGCCCCCUCCCACACCAAGCCCUGCCCUCUCCCACACCAAGCCCUGCCCUCUCCCACACCAAGCCCUGCCCCCUCCCACACCAAGCCCUGCCCCCUCCCACACCAAGCCCUGCCCCCUCCCACACCAAGCCCUGCCCCCUCCCACACCAAGCCCUGCCCCCUCCCACACCAAGCCCUGCCCCCUCCCACACCAAGCCCUGCCCCCUCCCACACCAAGCCCUGCCCUCUCCCACACCAAGUCCUGCCCCCUGUCACUCAAGGAGAGAGCAGCUGCUCAACCAGGUAGUCAUGAGCACUUUCUUGCCAUUCACUCUGCAGGCUUCAUGGUCAGAUAGAUGCAACACGAUGUUGGUGACUAGUGAUGGGCAUUUGAAAUGAUUUCAGCAUUUGAAUAAUAUAAUGAUAUCCAGAUAGUCGAAAUACAUGUGUUUUUUUUUUAUUGUUAUGAUUAUAUAGAUUUUUUUACUUCAAUGUAAACUUGCUCAUGCGACUCAAGAGGUAGCCGGUAGUGGUGCGGGGGUCAGUUGUUUGUUCACCCGCCUGCAAUUGCUAAUAACCCAUCCGCAACCACCUGACUGAAAAUCUGAGGCCCGCAGCCAACCCUAACCCGCAAAUAUAGAAAAUGUGCUACAGAGACUACAGAAUGAUUUUUUGACAGGGGGUGCAGGAUUUUGUUUUGCCAUUUAGAUAUGUUUCUGCUUAUAAUUUCAGACAUUUUGGUAGGCUAUUUGUUAGUCAACUUGUCUAUAAUUAGAUACAUGUUGCUUCUCUUUUGUCAUUAUAUGUUGCCCUAGAAGACUAAAUAAACCCUUGCUCAGCAGAAUAAUGUGGUUGAAAUACUAUCAGCUUUUAUGAAGAAGACAGCACCUCUACAGAUCGUAUCUAACUGAGCAUUGCAUUCUCUCAAGAUGCAGAAAUAAAUAAAUGAUUUUUCCUAGGGGCUAUAGCCCUAUUCACACGGGACUAAUAUUACUAGAGAACGUUGGUUAUGUAUUUAUUACCCCAGAAUGUCCGUUAUUCCAGAGGACGGUUCGGACGGGAUACGUUUUUUCCAAACUGGCCCCUGUAAUUUUUUUCUUUAUAUAUAUAUAUAUAUAUAUAAAUUGACAGUUAUAUAUAUAUAUAUAUAUAUAUAUAUAUAUAGCUGUAGCUCAGUUGGUAGAGCAUGGCGCUUGCAACGCCAGGGUUGUGGGUUCGUUUCCCACGGGGGGCCCAGUAUGAAAAAUGUAUGCACUCACUAACUGUAAGUCGAUCUGGAUAAGAGCGUCUGCUAAAUGACUCAAAUGAAAAUGAUGGAAGCCUGGAGGUUUUUUUUUGUAAGUGUGAAGAUGUUUCAACCAGUCCAGGCGAUAACAGACUACACUGAUAACUCGAGCUUGGUUCCCAAGUUUCUAAACCCUACCAAACCGUCUUUGGUAUAGUGUCGCCAUAAUAUUUUAAUUGAGGAAGUGUGAUCAUAAUCAUUAGGCUAUUUUAGCGAUCCGCAGUUGAAGACAUCCUAAAUGACCCCCAGCCUUCAGAUGUGAGCUAAACCGCUAACUUGCACUUGAUAUGCGUUUUUAGGCUAUGGAUGAGAAAGUGAACUUUUUCCAAACGUUUAGCUCAGUUGUAUGCUGCUUUGCGAUCUAUUAACAGCAAGGUUUGCAUUAAAUAGGUGCAAUCUUUUUUUAUGAUGCAUAUGGCGAUGUUCAAUUCAUUCGCACAAAACGUAUAAACAAAAGUAUUCACUGUGAAAGUUGAUACAUGUAGGCCCUUCAUAUAUAGGCUAUGCGCAGCAUUUCGUUCAAUUGAUCGAAUCAGUUAUAGUUUUCUUGCUCAAAUAUCGAGCAACACCUGUAAAACUCAGACAUUUUUCUCAAAACACAAGGAUGUCGAUUCGCACAGGACUGGUAUUAUCAGAGGACUUUGGAGUUUGCAAAAAAACAGUAGGUUAUUCUGGUUAGUCAUUGUCCAGAUUUCAAUUUCCAUUUAACCCAUCUAAACAGUAGGCUACAGUUUCCUUGACAUGCCAUAGGCCUGAAGUCCCGUCUUGUGACUGUCGAAUUUGUAUAGCGCCUCACAAUCAUGCUCUUUUACCACUUCAAAUAUUUUCCGAACAUUUUCUGGCCCUCCCUUCUCUUUAUUUUUGACUCUCCUUUCACAGCAUUUGUCUUAUUGAAUUGAAGUUCGACAAUGCCCUUUUUGCCUCGGUGGCUUGAUGUUAAUUUUUUCUGCCGGUUCCCAAAUGCAUUAUUUGGCGAUUGGCUGUGUAGGCAAUUUGACACACGUACAGUUAAACCCUAAAGUUUAGGUUUAUGCACUAAUACCAGAUAGCCUGAAAUAAUGAAAGAAAAACCCUCAAUGUAGACUAUAUACAUUGCACAAUAAUUAUACAUUUUAUGGAUUUUUAAAGGUAUUGUUUCUCUUUAUUCAACCCACCCACCCGCCCUACAGCUACACAAUAUUUAAUGACCCUAAACACAUCCAACCGACGGAUAUAACCGCAGGCACUGCGGGUUAUGAGUCAACCCGCGCAUCACAAGGAGCUGCUGCGCUGCGCUCUGCUUGUUUCAGCAGAAGGUGGGGGAGGGGCGACAGAGGAGCAGGGACUGGUGUGUGUAUGACGCUGUAAUCCAUAGCGGUGAAACUACCACGCCCGUUUUAGGAUAUUACAACAACAAAGACUUACUUAAAACAACAAAGUUUUUUCCCCCUCGGACAUCAUUGCACAUCAUUGUGCGAUAGAACAGCAGAGUAUUUACUAGAAAAAUAUUUACCACGAUGCUGGAUGCUCCUCUGCUCCGUUUUCAUAAACAAAACAAUAACAAAUGGGCCUGGGGCGACCAGUGGCGCUGUUUCACCUUAUGCGGAUCUCAGCUUUAAAAUGCUUCUACAAAUGUAUGUUAAUCCCAUUUUUUUAUAUCAUUUCUCAAGUAGGGAUCAUGUUCUUUACUUUCUUGGAACCAUGAAACUGUAACUGCUGGAAAUUACUGCAUCAAAAUGUUCUGAUUUUAAUAGUCCUUGGCUUUAUUUUUAGGUCAGUUGAACUCGGAUGCAGCUGGGCUCCCCCCUUUUCCAUGCAUUCUUGUGCCAGUUGUGACCCAUGUGAAUAAAUAAAUUGUUCUGUUCAGCUUUGACCAUAUUUGGCUGAAUACUACCUUCACCAGGUAGUAUCUCAAAAACGUGUCUGAGACAGCUAAAUCGUGGCCAAAAUGGUGUAUAGUGUAGAGUGAAACACUGUAGUGCAGUCAGCGGAAAGAGGUUUCCUUCACUGCUUUAUCUGCCAGAAAACACAAAUACUUUGAGACUGUAUGCCAACCAAAUGUAGAGAGCGUGUCAAAAGCACUGGUCAAAGUAGGGCCUAACUGGUGUGUAUGCAACAAGUUCUAGUUUAUUGACAUUUACAUUUUAGUCAUUUAGCAGACCCUCUUAUCCAGAAUGACUUAUAGGAGCUUGCUCAAGGACACAUCAACAGAUUUGUCACCUAGUCGGCUCUGCGAUUCGAACCAGCAGCCUUUUGGUUACUGGCACAACGCUCUUAACUGCUAGGCUACCUGCCGCUCUAUAUAUAGUGCAUUCGGAAAGUAUUUAGACCCUUUGACUUUUACACAUUUUGUUACGUUACAGCCUCAUUCUAAAAUUGAUUCAAUUGUUUUUCCCCAUCAUCAAUCUACACACAAUACCCCAUAAUUACAAAGCAAAAACAGUUUUUUAGAAAUGUUUGCAAAUUUAGCAAAUAAUUAAAACGGAAAUAUCACAUUUACAUAAGUAUUCAGACCCUUUACUCAGUACUUUGUUGAAGCAUCUUUGGCAGUGAUUACAGCCUUGAGUCUUCUUGGGUAUGACGCUACAAGCUUGGCACACCUGUAUUUGGGGAGUUUCUCCCAUUCUUCUCUGCAGAUCCUCUCAAGCUCUGUCAGGUUGAAUGGGGAGCGUCGCUGCACAGCUACUUUCAGGUCUCUCCAGAAAUGUUUGAUCGGGUUCAAGUCCUGGCUCUGGCUGGGCCACUCAAGGACAUUCAGAGACUUGUCCCGAAGCCACUCCUGCGUUGUCUUGGCUGUGUGCUUACGGUUGUUGUCGUGUUGGAAGGUGAACUUUCGCCCCAGUCUGAGGUUCUGAGCGCUCUGGAGCAGGUUUUCAUCAAGGAUCUCUCUGUAAUUUACUGUGUUAAUCUUUCCCUCGAUUCUGAAUAGUCUCCCAGUCCCUGCCGUUGAAAAACAUCCCCACAGAAUGAUGCUGCCACCACCAUGCGUCACUGUAGGGAUGGUGCCAGGUUUCCUCCAGACGUGACGCUUGGUAUUCAGGCCAAAGAGUUCAAUCUUGUUUUCAUCAGUCUGAGAGUCCUUUAGGUGCCUUUUGGCAAGCUCCAACUGGGCUGUCAUGUGCCUUUUACUGAGGAGUGGCUUCCUUCUGGCCACUCUACCAUAAAGGCCUGAUUGGUGGAAGGCUCUCCCAUCCACACAGAGGAACUCUGGAGCUCUGUCAGAGAGACCAUCGGGUUCUGGGCACCUCCCUGACCAAGGCCCUUCUCCCCCGAUUUCUCAGUUUGGCCGUGCGGCCAGCUCUAGGAAGAGUCUUGGUGAUUCCAAUCUUAAUCCAUUUACGAAUGAUGGAGACCACUGUGUUCUUGGGGACCUUCAAUGCUGCAGAAAUGUUUUGGCACCCUUCCCCAGAUAUGUGCCUCGACACAUUCCUGUCUCUGAGCUCUACGGACAAUUUCUUCGACCUCAUAGCUUGGUUUUUGCUCUGACAUGCAUUGUCAACUGUGGGACCUUUUAUAUAGACGUGUGUGCCUUUCCAAAUCAUGUUCAAUCAAUAGAAUUUACCACAGGUGGAUUCCAAUGAAGUUGUAGAAACAUUUCAAGGAUGAUCAAUGAAAACAGGAUGAACCUGAGCUCAAUUUCGAGUCUCAAGGGCCUGAAUACUUAUGUAAAUAAGGUAUUUCUGUUUUUUAUUUUUAAUACAUUUUUCAAAAAAAUCUUGAAACCUGUUUUUGCUUUGUCAUUAUGGGGUACUGUGUUUAGAUUGAGUUAAAAACAAAUAUUUUAUCAAUUUUAGAAUAAGGCUGUAAGUCAAUGGGUCUGAAUACUUUCUGAAUGCACUAUACACUAUUUAUACAAAAGUAUCUGGAUUCCCCUUCAAAUUAGUGGAAUAGGCUAUUUCAGCCACACCCGUUGCUGACAGGUGUAUACAAUCGAGCACACAGCCAUGCAAACGCUAUAGACAAACAUUGCCAACCGUUGGAAGGAGUGGUGUAAAGUUUGCCGCCAUUGGACUCUGGAGCAGUGGAAACGCGUUCUCUGGAGGGAUGAAUCACGCUUCACCAUCUGGCAAUCAGACGGAAUAAUCUUGGUUUGGGGGUGCCAGGAGAACGCUACCUGCCCCAAAGCAUAGUGCCAACUGUAAAGUUUGGUGGUUGAGGAAUAAUGGUCUGGGGCUGUUUUUCAAGGUUCAGGCUAGGCCCCUUAGUUCCAGUGAAGGGAAAUCUUAACGCUACAGCAUACAAUGACAUUGUAGACGAUUCUGUGCUUCCAACUUUGUGGCAACAGUUUGGGGAAGGCCCUUUACUGUUUCAACAAUGCCCCCAUGCACAAAGCGAGGUCCAUACAGAAAUUGUUUUUUCGAAAUCGGUGUGGAAGAACUUGACUGGCCUGCACAGUGCCCUGACCUCAACCCCAUCGAACACCUUUGGGUUUAAUUGGAACGCAGACUGCGAGCCAUGCCUAAUCGCCCAACAUCAGUGCCCAACCUCACUAAUGCUCUUGUGGCUGAAUGGAAACAAGUCCCCGCAGGAAUGUUCCAUCAUCUAGUGUAAAGCCUUCCCAGAAGAGUGGAGGCUGUUAUAGCAGCUAAGGGGGGACCAACUCCAUAUUAAUGCCCGUGAUUUUGGAAUGAGCUGUUUGUCCACAUACUUUUUGGUCAUGUUGUGCGCUUCAGAUAUCUAGUGAGAGUACUGACAGAUGUUCAUCUGCUGUUGAGCUUUUUUUUCUGUUCUGAAUUCUCAGCCUGAGUCGGUGGACAAAGCCUCUUUAGUCAUACUUACUAAUGAUAAAAGCUUGCCCUGCUCUAACUGGUUUCCUCUUAAUGUAUUCUCUCCUCCUCAGAUAAGGACACCAUCAGUAAGAUCCGGGACCUGCGGAUGAAAGCAGAGGACUAUGAGGUGGUCAAGGUUAUCGGGAGGGGUGCUUUUGGAGAAGUGCAGUUGGUGAGAAUCACCAUUAUGGUUAUGCUAAUUUGUCCUGAGUGAAUCAACUUUAAUUUGUCUGUCUGCUUGCCCUUUAUAAAUCUGGUACAGACAUACAGAAGUAUGAAAUUAUUAUAUGGCUUAAGUCUUUGUUUUCAUCUGUAUGAAAGCCCAGUAUACAUCCUAACUGGACUCUGUUCUCCCGUCUCUUCCCAGGUAAGACACAAAGCCACGAGGAAGGUGUACGCCAUGAAGCUGCUUAGCAAGUUUGAGAUGAUCAAGAGGUCGGAUUCUGCUUUCUUCUGGGAGGAGAGGGACAUCAUGGCCUUUGCCAACAGCGCCUGGGUUGUGCAGGUAUGGAUCAUUGAAUAACACACAGUUCUUUAUAGUGACUCCCUAGUCUCGUCCUCACUUUGCCUACUAGGAACAAUCUGCAAGGAAGGACGGUGAUUGAGUUUCAGGCCAACAACAGAAUAUUCAUGCAAUUUCUAUUUUUUGCUCUUUUCCUUUCUAUUCCUCCUAUUUAGGUUUGGUCACUAACCCUAAGCUCUUCCCCCCAGCUGUUUUAUGCGUUCCAGGAUGACCGCUACCUCUACAUGGUGAUGGAGUACAUGCCCGGCGGAGACCUGGUCAACUUGAUGAGCAACUAUGACGUCCCUGAGAAGUGGGCCCGUUUCUACACCGCUGAGGUGGUGCUGGCUCUGGACGGGAUCCACGCCAUGGGUUUCAUACACCGGUAUACUCUUACUGGACUUCUCUUUCUCUCCUCGUCUCGUCUUAUCCUCUCUUCACUUCCACUGUAAAGGUUGCUCUUGAAUGUCUCUACUUCUACCUCAGUUCUGUAGUGGCAGUUCUCGCCACUCUUCCAAAACCUCCCUGAAUUUGAGAAAGCUGGUCUUUCUCUCGACUGGGAUUUAAAUCGGCAGUUUAAUGUACCGUUGUUGGUUUGAGAAUGCCUUGGUUGUAUAAUAUCAUGUCUUAGGUUUGAGAGCUGCUGGUUUGUUAUAUUACUGUAUUUUUUGUCUUUUCAGGGACGUGAAGCCUGAUAACAUGUUGCUAGACAAAGCAGGCCACUUGAAGUUGGCAGACUUUGGGACCUGUAUGAAAAUGAACAAGGUAGCUAUCGCACUAGCCUUCCAACGCACCAUGACUGAUAAUGAGGAGUUAGUUGACACUUUAACACCCUGUAGAGUAGACUGUUGUAGAGGUCUUCUUGGAUCCCGAAAUGGAGAUCCGAACCGAAUUGGAUCUGCGAAAUUCCUAUCCGACACCAACAUGUUUUUUUUUUUUUUAAGAUAAUACCGGAUCCGAGGUGGACCAGAUCCAACCCAAAAUAUGUCAGAGAUGAGGGAGAAUCGAAUCCAAAUUGGCUCGGGUCUGUAUCGGACCCAAAUGGAUCCGAACGAUAAAAAAUGCAGCUUUAUUGCUGCGCAAGCCAGGAUAAUUUUUUGACUUGUCUGGCAGGAAGUGAACGUUAACGUUUCACAUACAUUUUCUCUUGUAGGCCUAUCUAUAAUGAUUUAGUUGUGGUCUACACUACAGCUUAGUAUUUUAAUUAAUGACAUCCAUAAUUUAAAAUGUCGACACAAGAAGAAGGGAAGGAGUGUGUGAUGAAGACACACUAUAGAUGCAUCUCUCUCCAGAAUGUGCUCUCUGUCUCCCGCUAAUCGCUCUCCAGAAUGCGCUCUCUGUCUUCCGCUAAUCCGUGUGCAUUCAUUGUUUCAUUUUGUGAAUUGUUUGCCCUUUGUUUUUUUGUUUUUUUUAAUAUAUAUUUUGCUUGAGCACACAGGAGUAUCCCAAUUUGGGGAUGUCUGAUAGUAUUUCUGAUUGUCUUAUGAGCUGCGGAGGUUCUCAAAGUAUUAUUUUUUUGUCACCUCACACAGAAAGUCAACCGUGUUUUACAUCCAUUGCGAAUGACAAUAGAUCCUCACUGUAUUUCAAAAAUCUUUCCAACACUCCUUUUCAAUAAUACUAAGUAUGGACCGCGCCUCUGUGUGAAAUUGCAACAUAUUGCUGAUCCCAUAUCUCCAGUGGAAACGUCAUAAAAUAGGCUACCUGAACACUUCUCCUUUGCGCAAAUACAGCUGUGUCAGUUCCGAGCUCAUUGGCGAAGGAAACAGUGAGGGCCCAGUUGAAACAGUGUUGCAUGGUAUACCGAAACUUCGAUACGUUUUUCGAUUCUAGAACAUGAAAAACUGUUCUAGAAUUUGUUAAUUUCGGUACUUCUGUCAAAUGUGUCUCACAUAGUCUACUGAUUGAGAGCGAAUCAAGUCUAUCAGUGCAGCCAGUGUCCCCUUAUAGCGCGAGAGCACUGUGCCUGCUCCACUUACUCAUUGCUAGCUCUAGCCUGUCCUGAGGAACCACUGCACUCAGUGGGAGUCUGGGCUGCAUCACUGCUUAUGCAGCACAGAAGUUAAAGUUGAAAUUGUUAAUUACUGUUUGCCAAGCAAUGUCCAUACAGUCUAGAACACUACAAUGUAAGACAAUACCGGUAGCUUCUAGCUUUGUAGGCUAACUUUCCUUGCUAGCUUACAGCUGAAGCGAACAUCCAAUUCACUACCCUAGUACCUUGUUUAUGAUACCAUAACUCAAAAUAUUUCAAAGCUGAUUGUCACCAAAAACGUUAUUAAUUCACUUAGUCUCCCCCACCUCACGUCUCUCCCAGUCAAGAUCAUCUUAGCUCUAGCCUCAAACUGACUGUGUGUGUGAAUGAUGGCAUGGGUCUUUAAGGGACAGUGCACACUUUUAUGAAAGAGAUUGCUUUAUCUAUGCAAAUGUUGUUGAUCAGUAGAACUAAAUAAGUACCAAAUGGAUUGUUUUUCAUCUGUAACCCCAUGAAAUCAGCCAAAACAAGCUCCUAUUGAAUAUGCAUUCACCUGUAUUGUGAAUAGGCCUAGGCUGCAUCUUGAUUGACAUUUUAGUCAUUUAGCAAACGCUCUUAUCCAGUGAGUGCAUACAUUUUUCAUACUGGCCCCCCAUGGGAAUCGAAUCCACAACCCUGGCGUUGCAAGCACCAUGCUCUACCAACUGAACUACAGGAGGGCAGUUUAUCAAUAGACUAGAGGUUUACCAUUCAAAUAAAUGAUUACCAUUAUGUAGUUAGUUUGGUUAAAAAACAGUCUAAUUGAUUGUUUGAUUGUAUAAUUGUUUCAUUAAUGCAUACAUAAAAUCAUCUAAAUGUUCAAAUGUAUUGAUAUUGAACUCGAAAGAUCUGUCUGGAUCAAGUGCCAUCUGUGACAGGCUAAUACGCCUUCUUUUUUUGCUGUGGUAUCGUUUUGGUAUUGAGUAUCGUGAUGUAUCGAGUUUUGUGAUACUAAACCUGGUAUGGAAGUCAACAUUCUGGUAUCGUGACAACACUAGCUGCAAGUUCGCUAUAGUGAGCUCAAGCCAGACAGAGAGAGAGGCAGACAGGCGGAGGAGAGAGAUUAAUGCUUUUGAAUGAACCGACUGCCAUGCAUAGCAAAUUUGAUUUAUAGAGGAUAUUUAUUUUCAUCAGGAUAUCUUCAAAUAUAAUUAAGGAUCUGAUCGGUAUUUCACUUAUUUUCAGACAGAUCCGAGGUCCAUGGACACCGAGCGUGAUCCGACCCGGGAUCCGAGGGUUAACUACAGAAUUUAGCAUAGUGAUAUUCAAAUAAUAUCAUUACUUUUUUUUUUUGGAAUAUCCCCCCCCUCCCAAAAAAUAAGUUGGUCUUGUCUCUCUUGACCAAUCAAAAUGAAGCAAAUGCACAUGGCAGAGGAAAACCGCUAACACAACAGUGAAAAGAGAAGUCAAGAUUUUCGCCAUUCAUGAUAGAACUGAUUCUGAAACAAAAAGGUUUUCUGGUGAGUGUCCACGUCUUGUGGAAACUACAUUAGGUGUGCGCCUGUUAUUGCUAUUUGAAGUGGGAAAAUUGCAUACCGAUGUCAGGGCAGACUGGAGGGCUAGGCCCUAGCUCAACGCACCGUUAGAAAAACUACAUUUAAAAGUUUAUUUUAUUUUAUUGAAUUAAGAAUUUCAAAUGUCAUGGUAUAUCCUUGUAAGUAGCUAACAAUGUCACAAGGAUAAUUGUAAUUUAAUUUAGACAAAGCUUUUAAAUUGUUUUUUCCAAAGAUUAACUCACUCAAGUAAUCGAAUACUAACAGCUGUUUAGAUAUUGAAUUAAUCGAUUAACCGUGCCCGUCCCUAGUGACGGUUCAUCAAUCUUUAGAACAGUUUAGCAGUUUCUAACACAUUUACUUUGCAUUUUUCCUCUUACAUAUCAACACAUAGGCCUACAAUUGAUUUGCUUUCUUGAACUGUGACAGCUUAUGUAUUUUAGGCAGAGCAUAUAAGCAGAGGUACGAUGCGACACAGCAGUGUUUAUGAAUACAGUAGAAUAGCCGUUUAAUAUGAUGCUGUGUUUCAGGAUGGUAUGGUACGAUGCGACACAGCAGUGGGAACGCCAGACUACAUUUCGCCAGAGGUACUAAAAUCCCAAGGAGGAGAUGGAUAUUAUGGCCGGGAGUGUGACUGGUGGUCCGUGGGAGUCUUCCUGUAUGAAAUGCUCGUCGGUGAGUCGCUAUACGAGACCUUUUCUCACACUGUUACGAUGGGGAAACAAACUGAUCAUAUGAACCUCCUAUUGUAUUUCUGGAGCAGAGUAUUCCCAUUAACUCGCAAACAGGACAUAACAAUUUCCCCUUGUUAGUACUUAACAUCUUUCCCUUGUAUAAUUUUGCACUAAACACACCAUGAAUCCAUACUAUACAAUGAGGAAGUUGCAAAGAAUACUAUCAUGUGUUUCACAUUGCCCACUGGCAGCAAAUCACAUGCUGACUAAAGAAAACAUUUCACACACUGAACCUGGGUGGAUGUGGUCUCUGGAAUGACCCCGGACUUCCAGUGUUUUUGUGUUUAUAGCCAAGUGUGUGCUUUUUCAGUAUGUUUAUUUGUGAUGGUUUUGUCGCUACCUAUUGUAGACAUUCCAGUAACCUAAAGGAAGUGGAUAGGAUAUUCAACCUGCAGAUUCAAAGAUUAUGGUUAGGCAUAGAGAUCAACGUUGGGUGAAGUGUAGGUGUAAAGUUAAGGUUAGCAAACCACCAUUGUGAACCAUUGAAAAUCUGUUGGCUGUGUAUACACUAGCUAACCCCAAUGCCUGUGGUUUUGUGUGCCUAUAGGUGACACACCGUUCUACGCUGACUCGUUGGUGGGGACGUACAGUAAGAUCAUGAACCACAAGAACGCCCUGACCUUCCCUGACGACAGUGACAUCUCCAAGGAUGCCAAGAACCUCAUCUGUGCCUUCCUGACUGACAGGUAAGAUGAUGGUGGUUCGGAGGGGCUCGAGUUAGAAAGGGAUAGUGCGAGAUCUUGGCAAUUAAGCCCUUUAUUUACUUGCUCAGUCAGCUGAACUCAUUGAAGGAAGUUAACGGUAGUUUUGCAAGCAAUUGCUAACUAGUUAGCGCUAUGACUGGAAGUCUAUGGGAACAGCUAGCAUUGCGCUAACACUUCAAACUGCAUACAGAGACAACAAAAUUGUAUCCAUGAGUUCAUCUGACUCUGGGUAAAUAGAUAAAGGGCUUAAUUGACAAAAUCUCGCACUAUUCAGAGGGGUUGGGUUAAAUGCGUAAGACACAUUUCAGUUGAGUGCAUUGUUGUACAGCUGACUAGGUAUCCCCUUUCAUUUCUUGUUUCACCAAUGAUUUUCCACAUGGACAAGUAGCUAGAAAGGGAAUAGUGUUAUGAUCUCAUUGAUUUGAUUAGACUUAAGUAUUUGAGUAAUCACUCAAACAUCGAGCUGUGAUCUUUUGAAGAGAUAUCAAUCAUGCCUAAAUGCUUUCACUGGGUUGUGCUCAGAGACUGUUAGAUGCAAAGCCAUAGACUCUGAAUAAUAAUGGAUAUUAUCAGUGGAUUGCAGAAUCACUAAACUGUACGUUGUUCUAUGUUCCUGUGUUUAAUUCGUCAUCAGGGAGGUAAGACUUGGUCGCAACGGGGUGGAUGAGAUCAAGAGACAUCCUUUCUUCAAGAAUGACCAGUGGACAUGGGAGAACAUUCGAGAUAGUGAGUUCUGUUCAGGUUUCAUGCUUCCUUUGUAACGCUCCUCCCCCUUAACUCUGUAUUGCUCUGUUGACAAAUGUUACAGAUAGCCAGACAUGCUAUAAUACAUGUUUUCCAAUUGACCUACUAAAGACAGUCACAGGAAAUGUCAGAAUAAGAACCAUUCAUUUCAGUCAAUAAGCACUGAAUUCCACGAUUUCAUUGUGUGAACCUGGAUGGUUGCUUUGAGGGUGAGAACGGGGAGGAAAGCUUUCCUCGGUCAUGUCCAGUAGGGAUAAAAACAUUUUGAAACUGGGAGGUACUACCUAAACUUGUCCAAUAAGAAAGACUCAUUUUGGUUUCUGUUGCAAAGCAUUUUUGCUGCGGUGUACCCUACUGAACAGGAGCCUGGCGUUAGUAUUCAUGUGGUCUCCGGCUGCAGCGGAGAGAUUAGAGGUGGGGGGCUAAAUGUAAAUCCAGUCAGUGGCUGUAGCAGCUCUCAGGGUCACUUUAGCUUUAGCAAAACGCAGACCAUCCAAAAAGCUGUGUUUUAAUAGAUUUCACCUGCAUUCUAAUUAAACAAACGGACAAUAAAUACAUAUACAUGGGUCUGCUCAGUGUUCUAGAAUGCAGGAAAAUAUGGGUCAGUUCAAGAGGAUGUGAAAAUGUAGUUUUCUUUACCCUAUCAUGUCAUUAUAAUCAAUAAUCUGAAUGAUAUUAUUGCCGUAAUAUACUUGUAGCCCAGAGUUCAGGUGGGCCUUCGUGCUUCAGUAAAUAAAGGAAAGGAGGGGUGCUCAACAACAAUGACAAAAAUCAUGAGAAGGGUUUACCAAGAAAUACUUCCAAAAGGACAAAUUUGGAAAAAAAAGGAGUUGGAGCGCUCAAAAAAAAGGAAAAAAAAGGUGGAGAUUGAUUUCUUAUUGCUCACUUUACUUGUAGCCUACUCAAAAGUGUUGACGAAAUAAGAACACUAUAGGUGCGUUGGAAAAAUGACACGCUCACGACACGCAUCUGAUUAGUUCAUAAUUACAUUUACAUUUACAUUUUUGUCAUUUAGCAGACGCUCUUAUCCAGAGCGACUUACAAAUUGGUGCAUUCACCUUAUGAUAGCCAGUGGGACAACCACUUUACAAUGUUUUUUUUUUUUUUUUUCUUUGGGGUGGGGUAAGGGGGGGUAGAAGGAUUACUUUAUCCUAUCCCAAGUAUUCCUUAAAGAGGUGGGGUUUCAAGUGUCUCCGGAAGGUGGUGAGUGACUCCGCUGUCCUGGCGUCGUGAGGGAGCUUGUUCCACCAUUGGGGUGCCAGAGCAGCGAACAGUUUUGACUGGGCUGAGCGGGAAAUGUGCUUCCGCAGAGGUAGGGGGGCCAGCAGGCCAGAGGUGGAUGAACGCAAUGCCCUCGUUUGGGUGUAGGGACUGAUCAGAGCCUGAAGGUACGGAGGUGCCGUUCCUCUCACAGCUCCGUAGGCAAGCACCAUGGUCUUGUAGCAGAUGCGAGCUUCAACUGGAAGCCAGUGGAGUGUGCGGAGGAGCAGCGUGACGUGAGAGAACUUGGGAAGGUUGAACACCAGACGGGCUGCGGCAUUCUGGAUGAGUUGUAGGGGUUUAAUGGCACAGGCAGGGAGCCCAGCCAACAGCGAGUUGCAGUAAUCCAGACGGGAGAUGACAAGUGCCUGGAUUAGGAUCUGUGCCGCUUCCUGUGUAAGGCAGGGUCGUACUCUGCGAAUGUUGUAGAGCAUGAACCUACAGGAUCGGGUCACCGCUUUGAUGUUAGCGGAGAACGACAGGGUGUUGUCCAUGGUCACGCCAAGGUUCUUUGCACUCUGGGAGGAGGACACAACGGAGUUGUCAACCGUGAUGGCGAGAUCAUGGAACGGGCAGUCCUUCCCGGGAGGAAGAGCAGCUCCGUCUUGCCGAUGUCGUCAAGACAUAAUGAAUAAGAUUGUUUUAAUUUCAUUCUUUUACAUUCUUCAUUGUAACCACAAUGUAACAAAUAGGCUAAUCAAACCCUGGUUCGAACUCUAGCAAACAAACUAGUGUGAAAACGGCAACAUAGCAAACGUUGUCAAUGUGCACACUUGCCCAAUCUUACUUCCUCAUCUCACUCUCUCGCAUUGCUCUCUAUUUUGUCCUUUUGGCAGCCUGGUCAAAAAUGGUGCGUGCCUUAUUAAAGUAAGAAUUUCGGGACUCCGGUGCCCCCAUUGAAAUUGUCUCCCGCCACAUACACCCUCCCCGCAGAGAGAGAGCGAGUGGUUGUAAGCGAGAGGUUGGGAGGAUGGAUGAGACGUUUCAGAUCAUUUCAGCGAGUCUUCUUAAAUAUAAAAAGUUGGAACUUGAAAUUCAAUGUCAUGGUCAGUACCUGCGUUUUCAGCAUGCAGCAUAGAUUUUGUUUCUGCAUGGAAAAUUGCAGAAUUCUGCGUUAACGCGACCCCUGUCUCUUUAUGGGGUUUAUUAAAUCAUCUGAAGUGCUGCAGUCAGCACUUUGGCUUGGCCACACGAGUCUGUUUAUAUAAUAUAAAGAGGAAGAUAAAGACUGACAUAUUUGACAGUAGAAGAUUGUGAUAAGCAGAGAUGAGAUAUGAGAGUGAUGUAAAGUGUGCUUCUUGCACCAAAAGCCAGUUUUAGAAGUACAGUACACGCCUCAGUUUAUGACUGACAUUUCCUCUACAACAUGAUCUCAACUCAGUGUGGCUCUGCACCAAGUCAUAGAAAACUAGGAGAAUACCUCUCCAUCUGCAGUGAGUCAUGUUUCUCUCUUCUCUCCACCUUCUGUCCAUCUGCGUUUCCAGCGGCGGCUCCGGUGGUGCCUGAGCUGAGCAGCGACAUCGACACCAGUAACUUUGACGACAUCGAGGCGGACCGGGGAGAUGAGGAGACCUUCCCCAUACCAAAGGCCUUUGUGGGCAACCAGCUGCCCUUUGUGGGCUUCACCUACUAUAGCAGUCAUCAGUAAGUCUCACUCAGCAUAGCCAGGCUUCUACUACUACAGCAAUCAUCAGGAAGGCUCUUAAGGCCCUUUUCCUGGAGAAUUUCCAUUGAAACUGAUUUUUAGUCCAGGACUAGGCUUAAUCCGUGUCGGCAAAAUGGUGUCCAGAGUAUGUGUUGGCUCUGUCCGCUUACCCAGGCUUCAUCAACUACAGUCAACACUGUCAGUCUUCGCCUAGGCUUUUCCUGGUCAGCUCAGUUGGUCAGGAAAAACUCAAGGCCCUAACCACAGUCAAAAUAGUCAGGCUGCACCUGCUGGAGCAAUCAUCAGUUUGUCUAAUGUCAACUACAGUCAACACAUUCUGGCUGCACCUACUAGAACAGGGGUGUUAAACAUACGGCCAGUGGGCCGGUUCCGCGGGCCCGCGGGGCAAAUUAGUCGGACACCCCUGUACUAGAGCCAUUAGCCGUUUUUUAUACUGUCACAGAAAUCUAAGGCUAACUGUAUAACUACAUAGUUAAUCUCACCCAGAGCUUGUUAGACAUGCACAUGCGAAUGUCUCAUACUGCAGAGUAGGUAACCUGACCUAGACAAACAACCACAACAUGUUUGACCCAGUGGGAUGUGUGUUCACGGUGUGGUCAGAUCAUCAUUGGCUCAGGUCAGGGAAGUGUGGUCCUAUUGUUGUCUCUGACUAGAUCUGAUCAUCCUGUUGUGGUCUAUUCCCCAGGUUUUCCCGGAGCUCCAGCACCAAGAGUGUUGACAAACGCAGCAGCUCCACUAAGGAAGACAAGAGCCAUGUGAGUACUCACUUGGAUAUUAAAACAAGACACUGUUUGUUGCAUCUGGAGUUGCAUUACUACUUUCUGCGAAGACAAAUUGACUGCAAGCUUGUUAUAGGGAUGGGCACGGUUAAUCGUUUAAUUGAAUAUCCGAACGGAUGUUAGUAUUCGAUUACUUGAGUGAGUUAAUUUUCACACACACAAUGUGUAGGCCUAUUUUAAUGAAAAAGCUUUGUCUAAAUUACAAUUUAAAUGAUCCUUGUGACAUUGUUACCUACAAGGAUAUACAAUCACAUUUAAAACUCUUAAUUUAAUAAAAUGUGAAUGUUAUAAUGGUGCAUUGAGCUACUGCUGCUAUUUCCCCCACUUCAAAUAGAAAUUACAGCCACACACCUAACAGUUUCCUCAGGACCUGACACAGAUCAAUGCAAAACACUCAGCAGAAAACCAUUUUGUAUCAGAAUCAGUUCUAUCAUGGCGAAAGUAUGACUUCUUUCUCACGGCUGCUGUUACUCCAAACUACCAGAUUAAAGCAGUCUACUUCUGCCGUGUGCAUUUGCGUCAUAACACUAGUUUACGUUGACAUUUUAGUCAUUCAGAAGACGCUCUUUUCCAGAGUAUCUGUUUAAUGUAUUAUACGUUAAAACGUGCGUUGUUUAUUGUUCAGCUGGAGAACCUGCAGAAGAGGAUCUACCAGCUGGAAGAACAACUACACAGUGAGAUGCAGCUAAAGGACGAGAUGGAGCAGAAGUGCAGGUAUACAACCUGUCAGUCCGUUCCAAUAAGUCCGAUCUCAAGCUAAACAAAUACACAAUGCUGGGUUUGAGAACCAAAACAUCCUGUCUGUCUUUUAAAGAACAAUGCUCUUGAUCUGAAGUAGUUCCCAUUUUAGAAGAUCAAGCAAAGCAAGUUAAAGUGCAAAUCUGUGUCUUUCUUUAGGACCUCGAACACAAAGCUUGACAAGAUCAUGAAAGAGCUGGACGAGGAGGUGAGUGAAUAUCUAGGAUUCUGCAACACAUAUGAAGGCAAAUGGAUAGUAACGAUCUACUGUUGUCUACAAAUGUGUAAAAAAAACGAAUAAUAUAGGGUCUAAAUGCUCUGUACUUUGAGGACUUACUCCUGUCCUCCCUCCCCUCCCCUCCCAGGCCAACGUGAGGAAGGGUGUGGAGGCCAGCAUUUCCCUGCUGGAGAAAGACAAGAUGAUGAUCCAGCACCGAGCCACCGAGUACCAAAGAAAGGCCGACAAUGAGGCCGAGAAGAGACGCAACUUGGAGAACGAGGGUAAGGAUUCUUACAAAAUGUUCCCUCUCUGUCAUUUACUCUUUCAUUUAAUCUCUCUUCAAUCUCCCCCUGUUUUAGUCAACACCUCUGUUUUAUAAUCGUGUCUAUAACAAGUGUUUGUAACACUGAUUAGGAACAAAUAUGAUUGUAGGCGUGUACAGUAUUACAGUACUUUACAUGUUCAUAAAGCAUAUAAUGUAUACAAGUGGUUUGGGCAUUAUAUUGACAGGGUUAAUGCUACUACAGGAUAAUCCAUGAUAAGAUCUCUCCCCAGGGCUGUAGCGGUUAGAGCCUAAAGGUCACUGGUUCGAAUACCCGAGCCGGCAAGGUGAAAAAUCUGUUAAUGUGCUCUUGAGCAAGGCACUUAACCCUAAUUUGCUCCAGGGGCGCCGUACUACUAUGGCUGACCCUGUAAAACAACACAUUUCACUGCACCUAUUCGGUUAUAUUUUGGGGGGGGCAUCCCUCACCUCCCUGAUGUUAGUGUGUGUCCCUGAUGUCUGGGGUGCGUCCCAAAUGGCACCUUGUUCCAUAUAUAGUGGACUACUUUUGACGGGGGCCCAUAGGGAAUAGGGUGCCAUUUAGGACGUAGCCUUGAUCUGGCCCAAACAGAUGUUUGUCCCAACUGGAUUACUACUCACCCUGGCCAGGCAAGUCUAGAGCAGCUUGACCUGCUAGUCUGGUUGUCUGCUAGCCUCUGACCCUCUGACUAGCAGUCUUAACCCAGACACACACCACCUGAGACCCUCCCAUUGCUGUAAACUAAGUGGAUUCACCAGAUCCGAUACCAACAUGUGCAUAAACAGAGCACUUUAAAUGCAACGCAUGAGCAAAUCCCAUGCACAAAAAACUGUUUCUUGAUACAGUAAGUGUAGUGUAGUGUCAUGUUUUGAAAGGGAGACGUGUGUGUGUGUGUGGUGUGUGUGAUUGACUUAUCUUACUCUCUCUUCUCAGUGUCCACUCUGAAGGAGCAGCUUGAGGCCAUGAGGAAAAUCUGCCAAAACUCUCAGGCCUCAAAUGACAAAAUCCUACAGUUGCAGAAUCAGGUACAGUAACACACACACACUGCUCUCUCUGAUUACCAUCCACACAGCACAGGGGUCAUUCUAGGUGUGAGGGGGUUGUUUGAGGUCUGUGUCAAUGUAGUAGUCGGCUCAUCCGAUCAGAGGGUCAGAAUGUGUGUCAAAGGUACAGACAGUGAAGGGAAGGGGAUGUUAGUUUUGAUGUGUGAGAUGGGUGAAGGAGAGGGCAGGCCAGGUUUUAACCACAGAUCAAGGAUCAGAUUACUCCACCCUAAAUCUGAACCAUAACAAGGAUGAACGAUAUCUGACCCUGUGUCAUCACCCUAUGGCUUUGUUGCAUUACAUGUACAGUUGAAGUCGAAAGUUUACAUACACUUAGGUUGGAGUCAUUAAAACUUGUUUUUCAACCACUCCACAAAUGUCUUAUUAACAAACUAUAGUUUUGGCAAGUCGGUUAGGACAUCUACACUGCUAAAAAAAAUAAAGGGAACACUUAAACAACACAAUGUAACUCCAAGUCAAUCACACUUCUGUGAAAUCAAACUGUCCACUUAGGAAGCAACACUGAUUAACACUGAUUUCACAUGCUGUUGUGCAAAUGGAAUAGACAACAGGUGGAAAUUAUAGGCAAUUAGCAAGACACCACCAAUAAAGGACUGGUUUUGCAGGUGGUGAUCACAGACCACUUCUCAGUUCCUAUGCUUCCUGGCUGAUGUUUUGGUCACUUUUGAAUGCUGGCGGUGCUUUCACUCUAGUGGUAGCAUGAGACGGAGUCUACAACCCACACAAGUGGCUCAGGUAGUGCAGCUCAUCCAGGAUGGCACAUCAAUGCGAGCUGUGGCAAGAAGGUUUGCUGUGUCUGUCAGCGUAGUGUCCAGAGCAUGGAGGCGCUACCAGGAGACAGGCCAGUACAUCAGGAGACGUGGAGGAGGCCGUAGGAGGGCAACAACCCAGCAGCAGGACCGCUACCUCCGCCUUUGUGCAAGGAGGAGCAGGAGGAGCACUGCCAGAGCCCUGCAAAAUGACCUCCAGCAGGCCACAAAUGUGCAUGUGUCUGCUCAAACGGUCAGAAACAGACUCCAUGAGGGUGGUAUGAGGGCCCGACGUCCACAGGUGGGGGUUGUGCUUACAGCCCAACACCGUGCAGGACGUUUGGCAUUUGCCAGAGAACACCAAGAUUGGCAAAUUCGCCACUGGCGCCCUGUGCUCUUCACAGAUGAAAGCAGGUUCACACUGAGCACAUGUGACAGACGUAACAGAGUCUGGAGACGCCGUGGAGAACGUUCUGCUGCCUGCAACAUCCUCCAGCAUGACCGGUUUGGCGGUGGGUCAGUCAUGGUGUUGGGUGGCAUUUCUUUGGGGGGCCGCACAGCCCUCCAUGUGCUCGCCAGAGGUAGCCUGACUGCCAUUAGGUACCGAGAUGAGAUCCUCAGAUCCCUUGUGAGACCAUAUGCUGGUGCGGUUGGCCCUGGGUUUCUCCUAAUGCAAGACAAUGCUAGACCUCAUGUGGCUGGAGUGUGUCAGCAGUUCCUGCAAGAGGAAGGCAUUGAUGCUAUGGACCGCCCGUUCCCCAGACCUGAAUCCAAUUGAACACAUCUGGGACAUCAUGUCUCGCUCUAUCCACCAACGCCACGUUGCACCACAGACUGUCCAGGAGUUGGCGGAUGCUUUAGUCCAGGUCUGGGAGGAGAUCCCUCAGGAGACCAUCCGCCACCUCAUCAGGAGCAUACCCAGGCGUUGUAGGGAGGUCAUACAGGCACGUGGAGGCCACACACACUACUGAGCCUCAUUUUGACUUGUUUUAAGGACAUUACAUCACUGUUGGAUCAGCCUGUAGUGUGGUUUUCCACUUUUUAAUUUUGAGGGUGACUCCAAAUCCAGACCUCCAUGGGUUGAUACAUUUGAUUUCCAUUGAUCAUUUUUGUGUGAUUUUGUUGUCAGCACAUUCAACUAUGUAAAGAAAAAAGUAUUUAAUAAGAUUAUUUCAUUCAUUCAGAUCUAGGAUGUGUUAUUUUAGUGUUCCCUUUAUUUUUUUGAGCAGUGUACUUUGUGCGUGACACAAGUAAUUUUUCCAACAAUUGUUUACAGACAGAUUAUUUCACUUAUAUUUCACUGUAUCACAAUUCCAGUGGGUCAGAAGUUUACAUACACUAAGUUGACUGUGCCUUUAAACAGCUUGGAAAAUUCCAGAAAAUGGAUUUCAUGGCUUUAGAAGCUUCUGAUAGGCUAAUUGACAUCAUUUGAGUCAAUUGGAGGUGUACCUGUGGAUGUAUUUCAAGGCCUACCUUCAAACACAGUGCCUAUUUGCUUGACAUCAUGGGGAAAUCAGCCAAGACCUCAGAAAACAAAGUCAAGGUAUUGGAGUGGCCAUCACAAAGCCCUGACCUCAAUCCUAUAGAAAAUGUGUGGGCAGAACUGAAAAAGUGUGUGCGAGCAAGGAGGCCUACAAACCUGACUCAGUUACACCAGCUCUGUCAGGAGGAAUGGGCCAAAAUUCACCCAACUUAUUGUUGGAAGCUUGUGGAAGGCUACCUGAAACGUUUGACCCAAGUUAAACAAUUUAAAUGCAAUGCUACCAAAUACUAAUUGAGUGUUUUGUGAACUUCUGACCCACUGGGAAUGUGAUGAAAGAAAUAAAAGCUAAAAUAAGUCAUUCUCUCUACUAUUAUUCUGACAUUUCACAUUCUUAAAAUAAAGUGGUGAUCCUAACUGACCUAAGACAGGGAAUUUUUACUAGGUUUAAAUGUCAGGAAUUGUGAAACUGAGUUUAAAUGUAUUUGGCUAAGGUGUAUGUAAACUUCCGACUUCAACUGUAUUGAUGCAAAUUACAUCAGCAAAUUGAAGUCACAUUUUAUUUUCAUAGAGCAAGUGAAGGACACUGAGGAAUCAAGGCCUCAUACUGGACUGGUAUAGCCCUUUCAGAGAGUAAAAGUAGUAUUUGCCUAUUAGGUAUUAUUAGAAGCGUAUGAAUGGAUAUCAUUCUAUUCACAACAUUGGUUAAGAACAUAUUGGUUAAGAAACCCAACUCAGAAUCAAACAUUCUGCAGCAGCUGAGCGGAUCGUUUGUGUCAGGAAGUAAUAUUGACUCUGUGAGCUUUCCUAAUGGCCGUUUCCUUGACUGACAGCUGGAGGAGGCCAAUGACCUGCUGCGGGCAGAGUCGGACACGGCGGCGCGGCUGAGGAAGAGCCACAUGGAGAUGGCCAAGUCCAUGAGCCAGCUGGAGGGGCUGAACCGCGAGCUGCAGGAGAAGAGCCGCUCGGCCGACGGGGGGAGGGCCCAGCUGGAGAAGGAGCUGCUGCAGCUGCAGAGCACCCUGGACUCUGAGAGGAGGAGUUACAGCCAGGGAUCAGAGGAGAUCCACGAGCUGCAAGGUACCAUUUGGGUACAUCCCAAUUCUCCACACUUCUCCGUAAAGUGUGCACUCUUUAAUCUUUAUUCGGAUCCCCAUUAGCUGACAGCUACUCUUCCCAGGGUCUAUGCAUACAACAAAAAAUACAUAGCUAAGCACUCAGGUAAGCACGGUCUCUUAUACCAAUCAUAGGCUUUUAAAUCUAUGUAGGGGAGUGCACAAGUGCACCAGACAAGGAAAAGGGUGGAGAAUUGGAACACUCAUUGUUCUAUGAGUAAAUGUGACUUGGACACGACUCCGUGUUUGAGUAAAUACGAGGUGUCUGACUGCAACCCCGCAUUCACUUUGGGCAUGUGUUAGGACUAGACUGGAUUAAUGUGAUUGCCUACACCAUUUUAGUUUCCUUUACAGUAAUACCUCAGUCACUCUUACUAACUUCAAAUGAUCUGAAGUGAACUCACUCACUAUUUAAGAGACAGCUGGGGAAUAUUAGCUCCAGUUCAUUAGACAUACCCAGGCACUUCCCAUGCCCACAGAACUCAUAUCAGGCUCCGAUUAGUCUGUCAAACAGUCCUUUUUUAAACUGGAGAGAAGCACUUUGAAGAUCUUCGUACAGUAGGAGAGGCUUGGGGAUGAAUAUAUCUGAGGGAUUGUGUUGAAAUAUUGCUCUUAAUUCAGACUGAAUUUGAAGUGUACAGAAGUCCAUAAAUAGAAAAAUAAUACUUUAUUGUCCAGUGUCCUUACAGUCCAGACUUUUGUAGAUGUACAAAUGUCGUUUUCCAAGUCUAAAAGCUAUGCAUUAUGGUGUGUUGUCAACACGGGUUUAGCACAUUGCACAAAACACUGUUUUGAUGGUGACUCUGUUUCUCUCUGUAUGUCUGUAGCACGGAUGACGGGUCUUCAGGAGGACAAUAAGAACUUGAAACUCAGCCUGUCCAAAGUGGAGACGGAACGCAAGCAGGCCCAGGAGAGGAGCAACAACCUGGAGAAGGUUUGUGCCCUCCAAGUCUCUCCACAUGUCACAUACAAAACCCAUACAAUGCUUUCUAAUGCUAACACAAACCCUGUCAUGGAUAUCCAGUUACUUGUGAAGUCCGCCUACGGUCAGUUGUGGUCCAAAUGGAAGUAUCAAAAAUAAAACAGCUGUGCUCUAUAUGAGCUAUUUUCUUUUCAAUCUUAACAAAGUAAACCAAACAUUUAGACUGAACACAUCUUAAUUGGUGUGAUAACCAACUGUAUAUCUAACUGGUAUUUUAGUCCCCUUAUUCCCAGUCUUAAGAGCCUCUCUCCCAUAAAGAUCAGCAGAAUCAAUGUUUUCCUGAUCAAGAUGGACGUUUAUUUUAUUUAUUUUUCACAUGCUGCUAGUAUGCCAAUGUCCAUCCUAGGGAUUCUAUAUGUAAUUCUAUGUUGUCUCCCAACAGGAGAAGAACAACCUGGAGAUUGACCUGAACUACAAGCUGAAGACUCUGCAGCAGCAUUUGGAUCAGGAACACACAGAACACAGAGUGACACGGGCCCAGCUCACUGACAAAUACGAGUCCAUUGAAGAGGCCAAGUCAGCUGCCAUGCAUGGUAUUUCUGAGCCUGUGAUGGAGCAAACCCUACCCACCACUACCAUCUGUCUCCUUUUUUAGUCUGUCUGUCCCUCUCGCUCUCUGUCUGUCUCUCUGUCUCUCUUUUUUAAUUUUCCCCACCUGCACCACUCAUACCCAGGGGGCACUGGAUGGAUAGGGGCGGAAUUCAGGGAAUGUACUCCGCUCCCCUCCAUGUGGCAUGCCGAGACUUUACCACCCUACGUAUUAAAAUCUGGACCCCAUCCCACCUUCCAAAAACAACAGAAAUUACUUUGAGACUAGCACUGUUUGAAGCAACAUUUACUUGUUUUCCAGCAAUUUGUGCAACAGCUGUUGCAGUCCUGACCUAUUCAAUGUAGUUCAUUUCAAAUGACUGAGCACAAAUGUCCUAUGUAAUCUGUUGGUGAGAAUAAUGGAUGGAUAGUUGCAACUGAGUGACACAUCUCCUUCCUUCCCUCUCUCCCUUCAGCGGUGCAGCAGAAGGUGUCGGAGGAGAGCGGGGCGAGGAUGCGAGCGGAGAGCAGGGUGGUGGAGGUGGAGAAGCAGUGCUCCAUGCUGGAGUUUGACCUCAAGCAGUCGGUGCAGAAGAUGGAGCAGCUGAUGAAGCAGAAGGAGAGGCUGGAGGACGAGGUGAACACCACCUGAUGUUAACUUGUACUGUCUGGGGUGGAUGCCCACAAUCACAUGCUUAAAACCUUCAACUUUGCAUCUCUCAUACAACCAUCUCUAUCAGACUUAUCAGACGUAAAUCAUGAAUUGUUACUAAUGGUACAUUUCACAGUAGUUAGGAUUCAGGCCCCCUAAGUGAACGCUGGCGAUUUUACCCAAGUCGAAAUCUCCUGGUAUAACCUCUGUGUAGUUAGGACAUACUGUUUCUCUUGUGUCCUAACACCUGUGGUUCCCUCCCCCUUUCCUCUCAGGUGAAAGGUCUGCGGAUGCAGCUGGAGCAGGAGUCCAGUAAGAGGGUGCUGGCCCAGAACGAGCUGAAGAGCCGCUCGCAGGAGGCUGACCGGCUGAAGGGCUCGGAGAAGCAGCUGAAGCAGGAGAUCAACACGGCACUAGAGUGCAAACGCUCGCUCGAGUUCCAGCUCGCACAGCUCACCAAGUGAGAAUACCCACCAAACUAGUCACAUAUUGUCACAGCCCACCACAGUUUGACUUGGAACUAUGCACCACAAAUAAUGGAGUAGGUAGAGUUUACCACUAGUCACUUAUACAAGGGUCAUGUCUUUUCACUAAUGGUUAUUAUGGUUGGGAUGGGGGGUUGGGUGAUCUGAUCCUAGAUCUGUGGGUGACUUCUAGCUCGAUCCUCAACAGGCCCACAUUGAGCAUCGUCUCAAUGCAUGUUACCUCUCUUCCAAAUGAGUGCAAUACCUUCCAGCCACACUUAUCGGUCUUCAUUAGCUAAACUCUAUUCUGAAAGUCUAAUAUUCUGUAAUAGUCUUUAGUUUUACAUUUUUCCUUCCUGCAGCAAGCUAAUACUGCUUUGGGAGUCAACAUUAAAUGGCCCUACAAUUGGUUGUUAUUCUAGUAAAAAGGCUCUCCAGCUUAGGGGGUAACUGUGGCAAAGCUGCCCUCCGACAAUGUUUACACCGCAGGAUUAAGGAUUAGCCUGCAGUCCAGCUCCUCCCACCAGACCAGACUGACUGGACUGUUAAUCCGGCUGCGGUCUGUAGGUUUCCGCCUACGGAGCUCUGCAAGGAGUGGUGGUGGUGUUAUUCCCCAGCUAAUUACAGACCUGGAACAUACUGGAUAGUAUAGUGUCAUUAGGUUCAUAAUCUAUACACUAACAUUUUGUGGCUGAAAAGUUAGAUUUUAUCAGUCUGAAUUUCCCUUUCAACACUGAUUGGUUGUUUUGAGAUGUUUCUGUAAUAAUAUGCAAUAUGUUAAUCAUGUGACUUGUGUGUCUGUCUUCCAGGCAGUACAGGGGCAACGAGGGACAGAUGAGGGAACUUCAGGACCAGCUUGAGGCCGAACAGUAUUUCUCAGUGAGUAGGACCCACCUACCCCACUACCCCACUCUCCUAUAACCCGGCUCAGUGGCUAACUUGAUUGCCAUAUCUCCUGUCUCUACCCCUCAGACGCUUUAUAAAACUCAGGUGAAGGAACUGAAAGAGGAUAUCGAGGAGAGGAACCGGCAGGUCCAUGAAUCUCAUAAGAAGGUGCAGGAGCUGCACAGCGAAAGGUAACAAAUCACAAAAUGGAAACCAUUAUAAAUCAGGCAUUUGUCAAUAGAGCAAGAAUCUGUAUUGUAAUCAUACGUUGUACUUAAAAUAUGGGGUGCAUCUUUUCUCGACCACCCUACUUUCAAAUCUCCACACGGAGUGAUUAGGAUUCCAUUUUAAACCGUGUGUGUCCGUCCUCCCUCCCUUCCACCAGGGACUCCAUGUUGGCCCAGCUGGAUCUGACGGUGACCAAGGCGGAGUCGGAGCAGCUGGCCAGGGCGCUCCAAGAGGAGCAGUACUUUGAGCUGAGCCAGGAGAACAAGAAGGCCACGGCGAGACACAAGCAGGAGGGCAUCGAGAAGGAUGCCACCAUCGCACGGGUCAGUACAGCGUGCCUCAAUACACACUACUCUCCUGCAUUGAAAAUGAAUGUAAUGGAAAAUUAUUCAAAGUCAGGGAAAAUGCAUCUAUCCAGGAAUGGGGGCACAGAGAAAACAACAGCUUAGAUUGUUUUUGUGCGUCUCAGGCAGCUGUAGAACGUCUACAUUUAAACCUCUGAAUGCAUCUCUCCCCAGCUUGAGGAUUCCAACAAAACCCUGACCAAAGAUGUGGAGAACCUCAGCAAGGAGAAGGCCGAGCUGGACCACAAGCUUCGCACUCAGGAGGAAGGUAGCAUCAAGACGGCAUUUUCAUAACUUGGUCUAAUUAUUAUAUUCUAGGUCUAUGGGUAAGGUCUACAUAGGCCCUUAUAUGUCCCUUAUAGGUCAGUUAGAUCCCUGUAAGACUGUCUGGUUUCCUCAGGCUGUACCCUUCUCUCCUGCAGAGUAUGCCUCCCAGAAAGAGGAGAUUGCAAACACAAUCAAGACCAACUACGAGAAGGUUCUCAGCACAGAGCGCACGCUCAAGACUCAGGUAAAGACACUUCAACCUUCCAUGACAAUUUACAUUACAGAACGCUACAUCAAUAGUUAUGCGCUCCGUAUUUACAUCCAAACACCUCAACCAGUUGCCCCAAUUUGUUAAACCUCAACCUUACCUCAACCGGUUGCCCUAUUUGAUCCCAACCCUCAACCUUGUCUUUCCAGGCGGUGAACAAGCUGGCAGAGAUCAUGAACAGGAAGGAUAUGAAGCUGGACACCAAGAAGAAGGGAAGCACCACCGACCUGAGGAAGAAGGAGAAGGAGAACCGCAAGCUGCAGCUGGAGCUCAAACAGGAGAAGGACAAGUUCAACCUCAUGGCCAUUAAGUACCAGAAGGAGCUCAGUGAGAUGCAGGCGGUCAGUAACACAUUAUACAUUGGCAGUCAAUUUGACAGUAGGGUCACAUUGGUCUCAAAAUCAUCUGACAAUGAUCAUGUGAACCUUUUAAUUAAUAGUAUGCUUUAAAAUAGAACAAAAACAACCUUUCUUUUAGGUAAAACAGAAUGUCCACAAUAGGGCAGUUAGGAAGAUUUAGUCAAAUACAUUCCUAAUUUAGAACAGAGCUAAAGUCAAUAGUGAAAGGCAGUACUACAUUCCUCCUCGAAGGUGCAGUGCUUCUGAUCUUCCCUAAAUUAACUGCAUAUUCACUGUUUGCCUCUCCUCUUCUACAACAGCAACUGUCUGAGGAGUGCACGUACCGCAAUGAGCUGCAGAUGCAGCUGGACAGCAAGGAGAGUGACAUCGAGCAGCUGAGGGAGAAGCUCAACGACCUGCAGCUGCGCAUGGACAACUCCAGCCUGCAGAUGGACGAGACGGACAGCAACAUCGCCGGUAAGGUCAUCGCGGGGUCAACUAACCGAGGGCAGCUGUGUCAAAGGACCGGCUAGGCCAAACAUCAUAAAUCCUGCUCGUGACGAGCCACAGCACACAUUAUUUAGCUAAUAGUGUUGAAGGUGUGAUGAUGCUAAGCUGGGACAAAAAUCUACAGUACUACAGCUCUCCAGGAGCAGGAUUUUGGAUCACUGAGCUAGAUGUUUGGUCCAUCAGGCUUGCUUUAAUGGUCCAACAAUAACCCUGGCAUGAUUUAAAUCUAAUCAAUCCUAGCCAUUCCAAGUUAUUAAACCAUUCCAUGACUGGUUGAGUUAUGACAGUAUUGUUCUGAAGCAGUGAAGUACCUACAGUGCAUUCAGAAUGUAUUCAGACCCCUUAGCCUUUUCCACAUUUUGUUACGUUACAGCCUUGUUGUAGAAUUGAUUAAUUUUUUUUUUCCCCCCUCAUCAAUCUACACACAAUACCACAUAAUGGCAAAGCAAAAACAGAUUUUUUGACAUUUUAGCAAAUGUAUUACAAAUAAAAAAUGGAAAUAUUACAUAUACAUACAUAUUCAGACCCUUUACUCAGUACUUUGUUGAAGCACCUUUGGCAGCGAUUACAGCCUCGAGUUGUCUAGGAUAUGACGCUACAAGCUUGACCAACCUGUAUUUGGGUAGUUUCUCCCAUUCUUCUUUGCAGAUCCUCUCAAGUUCUGUCAGGUUGGAUGGAGAGCGUCGCUGCACAGCUAUUUUCAGGUCUCUCCAGAGAUGUUAGAUCGGGUUCAAGUCUGGGCUCUGGCUGGGCCACUCAAGGACAUUCAGAGACAUGUCCCGAAGCCACUCCUGCGUUCUCUUGGCUGUGUGCUUAGGGUCGUUGUCCUGUUGGUAGGUGAACCUUCGCCCGGUCUGAGGUCCUGAGCGCUCUGGAGCAGGUUUUCAUCAAGGAUCUCUCUGUACUUUACUCCGUUCAUCUUUCCCUCGAUCCUGACUAGUCUCCCUGUCCCUGCCGCUGAAAAACAUCCCCACAGCAUGAUGCUGCCACCACCAUGCUUCACAGUAGGGAUGGUGCAAGGUUUCCUCCAGACGGACGCUUGGCAUUCAGGCCAAAGAGUUCAAUCUUGGUUUCAUCAGACCAGUGAAUCUUGUUUCUCAUGGUCUGAGAGUCCUUUAGGUGCCUUUUGGCAAACUCCAAGUGGGCUGUCAUGUGCCUUUUUACUGAGGAGUGGCUUCCGUCUGGUCACUCUACCAUAAAGGCCUAAUUGGUGGAGUGCUGCAGAGAUGGUUGUCCUUCUGGAAGGUUCUCCCAUCUCCACAGAGGCACUCCGGAGCUCUGUCAGAGUGACCAUCGGGUUCUUGGUCACCUCCCUGACCAAGGCCCUUCUCCCCCGAUUGCUCAGUUUGGCAGGGCGGCCAGCUCUUGGUUUCAAACUUCUUCCAUUUAAGAAUGAUGGAGGCCACUGUGCUCUUGGGGACCUUCAAUGCUGCAGACAUUUUUUGGUACCCUUCCCCAUAUCUGUGCCUCGACACAAUCCUGUCUCGGAGCUCUACGGACAAUUAUUUCGACCUCAUCGUUUGGUUUUUGCUCUGACAUGCACUGUCAACUGUGGGACCUUUUAUAUAGACAGGUGUGUGCCUUUCCAAAUCAUAUUCAAUCAAUGUAAUUUACCACAGGUGAACUCCAAUCAAGAUGUAGAAACAUCUCAAGGAUGAUCAUUGGAAACAGGAAGUACCUGAGCUCAAUUUUGUCUCAUAGCAAAGGGUCUGAAUACUUAUGUAAAUAAGGUAUUUCUGUUUUUAAUUUUUUAUAAUGUGCAAAAAAGUAUUUACCUGUUUUCGCUUUGUCAUUAUGGGGUAUUGUGUGUAGAUUGAUAAUACUUUUUUUUAGAAUAAGGCUGUAACGUAACAAAAUGUGGAAAAGGUCAAGGGGUCUGAAUACUUUCCGAAUGCACUGUAUAGAAGAAUGCUGAUUCUCAUCUUUCCUAACCCACCUGGUUCAAGUGUCAAACUUGAACAGUCCAUUUGAAAAUGACUGUUUUUCUUUGGAGACAUGCCAACAAUAUUUGCUGUACGUUGAAUGCCUGAAUGUGCCUGUGGUUAAAGUCCUCUCUCAUCUCUUAUUCCCCCAUGUCCAGUUGGUUCUCCUUGCUCUCCUCCCUAUCUUUGUAUCUUCUGUUCUUUUCCUUCUGUGAGUAACUCGGAGUUGGAGCCACAUUGUGCCUGGCCUAGGCUGUGCUACUGUGUGUCUUUUCGCCUCGCUUGUAUUUUUUAGUUUUUGGGGUGAGAAAGGUAUCCCAUCCCUCUUGUAUGCUCUCACCAACACUUUUGAAAGGCCAUUCUGAGUGACAGAAGGAGCAGUCGUAGCCCCUUUUUGGGUAUUUUAAGCAAGUUGGCUUUUUUUAAGCAAGUUGUGCCAGGCUGGGGCCAUUUUCAUUUACUAACGGUGAAUCAUAAUUCACAUAAGCCAUUUGUAAUUAACCAAUUACAAUAUAGAACUUAAUUUAACAUUUCAGUACAAAUUCUAACUGUACCAUAUAAAUUAGUAUUCUGUAGGUAAUCAGUUUCAAUGUUGUCAGCUGUAAAUGUAUUUUGUGGCAGGUCAAGCUAUCAUAAAAUCUGAGUGACUCCUAAAGUAUAGUGACUACAUCAGAGGUUAGAUACUGUAACACUAGACAGCAACACUGUGUGGUUUAACCAAUCACUCUGAGCACCUUUCAAAACGUGUCUGGAAACCAUGAACCACACCCCCUUUUGAUCUCCUGUCCCUUGUGCUUUAAACAAACACUCCGUUUUUAAGUUUUGUUUUGUUGGCAUGUUCACCUCAGAACAGAAGCGAUGCCUUUUCAGAACCAAGGAACUCUCACACACUGGUAGUGGAGCUUUUGAUAAAUGCACUGUUCUUUUGUAGCCUGUGUUGUUGUGCCAAAGCAUGCUCUUUGUGUUGAGUCAGUAAAACGUUAACAUAAUGGAAAGAUAUUCCCAACGAUAUACAGGCUCUCAGUUCUCUGCUAUGUGACGGUAGACUGAGGCAUCAGAAGCCCCCAUGUUGGAUGGACAGAACCAUAGAAUUAUAAUCACUAAUCAAUUAGAAUUCUAUGGCUAGAACGGCCAUGCUUGGUCAGCCAUUGACUGAAUAGAAAAUUAUUUUACAACACACCUAUCUACUCCACGAUGGAGUUGAAGCUACCCCAUGAUAUCUAACUUGCUGGAAAAAUAACGUGGAUAUGACAUGCUUUAGUAAAGACAUUUAUACUGUUCUAUAUAUCCCUUUUAAUUCAUGCUCCCUUAUGCAUGGGAUCUAAAACUACUGAGCUUGAAGUAACAGCAUGGGAUAUUUUAACUCCUGUCCGUCACAUACUACUGUAUACUACAGUUCUUUUGAAGUGUAACCUAGGCAUAGAGACAUGCUCAGUUAGUUGAACUUGAAAUGACUUAUUAGUUAUAGUUAUAGAAAUAGUUAUCAUGGCCCGGCCUUGUCACAUGACUUUUUUGUUCUUCCCCCAGCAGAGUUUGAAUUGAAUCACUGCAUGGUGUUUUGGGGGACAGUGUUACCCACAGGUUUGGUUUUCAUUUGUGUCCAUCUUGCGUCUGUGUAGAAUCCAGACUGGAAGGGUGGCUGUCCAUUCCUAAUAAACCGAAUAUCAAACGAUAUGGCUGGAAGAAGCAGGUAUGUCACCUGGAAGAUUUUCAUCAAUUUACUGACAUUACUGAUUCAUAUUCAAUUGCACAAUACAGGUUGUGCUGAUGGUGCUGCCUAGUGCCUACUCCUUUGGGCCAACGUGAUUAUUCCUAACAUUAUUUAUUGAUUCUGUUUUUCCUUAGUAUGUGGUGGUGAGCAGCAAGAAGAUUCUGUUCUACAACGAUGAACAGGACAAAGAACAGUCCAACCCCUCCAUGGUACUAGAUAUCGAGUAGGUACCCUUGUUUUGUAGAUUUGGAUUUCAUUUUUUCAUUACAUUUUCUUUACACUUGCCAUUUGUUUUAACGCUGACAAAAUAUCACCGUCUUAGAUGAGUUUGUUUUAUGUGAAAAUGAUUGCUUGGGUUGUAAGAGCUCAUGUAACAGUGUGUGAGACGGUGUAUUCUGAUACCCAAUAAUCACGCAUUGCUUGUUGUUGUGUGCAGCAAACUGUUCCACGUGCGUCCAGUCACCCAGGGUGAUGUGUACCGAGCAGAGACAGAGGAGAUCCCCAGGAUAUUCCAGGUAGGAAGGAACCUUCUGACCUGACCAAUCAACCUUCUGACCCAUUGUCUUACGUCAGAAAGCACGGUAGCCGUCUGUACUGGUGGUUCAUGGCAACGCGGUCGCGUUAGAAUGACCCCAUCGGUCAGGUUAACCAGCUCAGUAUUUUUAGUUCUACAGUCACCUUACUUGCCCAUUCUCAAACAAACAAGUUCUCACAGUCUCAUGUCAGAAUUAGACGUUCAUCCAUGUUUCUCAAACGUCAAAUUUCGAAGUGUUUGGUUACUUCUCUGUAUCGUUCCAAGGUUAAGUUUAGGCAUUAACGCUGAAUUCUUGAGGUUAGGCAUUAACUCAGAAUGGUUAAGGUAAGGGUUAAGGUUUGGGAUAGGCUAAAAACACAAAUAUGAAAAACAACUUUCUAUCGCUGGAUUCAAACAUGCAACCUUUGGAACCAUAGGCAGAUGCUUACGCCCAUCCACCAUCCCUGUCCACAACAUCCAAGCUAAACCAAAACCUACUUGAAGGUAUCACUCACUGUUGCCCCCUAGUGGCCGGUUUCCACAUAAUCUCCUGGACGUCCUCAGACAUGGAUGGACGUCGAAUACUGAUUUGUAUCGGGUGACCUGCCUGCUCAAACAGAUGAUUACAAUCCCAUUUUAGAUUUUGACACCUGUCUUGAGUGGACUCCAGUGUACAUUCACAAUUAGUUAUUAAGUAGACUCAUGUUUUCCCCACAGAGAGACUUUCAAUUAGCUAUUAUACUUUUCAUUUAGAUUUUCUGUUUCAGUAGUAUACAACCCUAAAAGCACCGCUUCAAACUAUCCCUUUUAUAAAAACCCAGAAAUGUUUUGAAGAGACUCUUACUCUCUCUUGUCUCCCCCUUUUAGAUCCUGUAUGCCAAUGAGGGGGAGUGCAGGAAGGAAGCGGACAUGGAGACUGUCUCGCAGGGGGACAAGACCAACUGUCUGCCCCACAAAGGUCAUGAGUUCAUCCCCACGCUUUACCACUUCCCCACAAACUGCGAGGCCUGCGCCAAGCCCCUGUGGAACGUAUUCAAGCCCCCAUCUGCCCUGGAGUGCCGCCGCUGCCACGUCAAGUGCCACCAGGACCACCUCCACAAGAAGGAGGACGUCAUUGCCCCCUGCAAAGGUACAGUCAUAGAGGUUAGGUUAGACUGACAAAACCUAAAUCAAUGGUGAAAGGGGUGAAAAAAUAUACUUUAAAAAAUGACGAGACAAACUGCUCGAUGCUGGGUUUCGGCACCAAAAUAAAGGAGAGAAAGAAAAGCAGGUUAAAUGAAAGAACACACAAUUCAAUAAUAUAACUUGAUUUGGCUUUCGUUAAGGGGUGGGUUAAAGGGGAGAUGAACCUCCUUAGGGACAUCGAGACUUCCUGAGUUUGUGUUCUCAGUGUUCUGCCUGCUUUUGUUUCCUCUACUCUAACAGUGAACUACGACGUGACCUCUGCCCGGGACAUGCUCCUGCUGGCCCUGACCCAAGACGAGCAGAAGAAAUGGAUCGGCCACCUGGGCAAGAAGAUCCCCAAAACACCGCCCUCCUCCUUCCUGAGGGCGUCGCCCCGCACCCUGUCCACCCGCCCCGCAGCCAACCAGUCCUUCCGCAAGAAUCCCAAAAGCAUCACAGGCAAGCCAAGGUAACCUUACAUACACUCUCUGGGCCUGAAAUGGCACCCUAUUCCUUAUAUACUGUAGUGCACUACUUUUGUCCAGAGCAUCUUUUUCUCCAUAUAGUGCACUACUUUUGGUCAAAGGUAGUGCACUAUAUAGGUAAUAGGGUGUCAUUUUGGACAAAACCUCUGAUGGUCCCACAGGGCAGCCCUUUUCUAACUUCUGGUAUUGACUUAGCAGCACUCGUUUUCUAUAGCUUGAGGCUUGAUUUGGGCAAUACAGAACAUUGAGGAAUUCUAGGCUUCUAUUCUGGGGAGUUAAGAGAGGGUGUGCUCCAGUCCAGAAGUCCUAUUUUCAUCCCUGCUGCUGCUGGUGGACUGUCUGUGGCUGUUGUCGUCCAGUCCGGUCAGCCACGUGACUUGCUAUUUGUCUUCUCCUGCCCUGUGCAACUGUAGCAGGUCGCAGUCUCAUUAUGCUACCACAUCCUCCAGCCUCCAAGCAGCAGACACAACAUCCAGCACUUGUUGACAUUGACAACAACAACUCCUCCACACCAAAUUUACAGAAGAAGUCUUAACUUUUUACACUUAUCUCCUUACUGUUUUGGCUUGAUUAUUUAUUAUUAACUGACUGUGUUGAUGGUGUAUCUAACAGCAGCGGAACUGUCCUUUGUGGUUCUUUCUCGUUUGACUUGGGGAACUCUUUCUAUCUAAUUUGACACUAAAGUGUUGGUUGGUUUCGUUGACUAACUAUUAGGCCUCUAUGCAACCUUUCCUGAAGCAGGUGUCCCAUGUAUUGGUUGUUGCAUUUCCCUCUACCAAGUAUGAUGCCAGAGACCAUGAAAGACAUAACUUAAAUGUAAAUAAUGGAGAUGCAGUUACUAUGUCUUUAAACCUGUUUUUCUAUGUAAAAUAUUAACAUCUAUCGGGGGUACUAACCAAGUGUCAAAUGUCUUACACUCUUUUACUGGACACCUGUUUUCUCUUCUUUCUUCCAGCUAACCAUCUGAACCAUUGGAUUCUAUUGGGACUUUGUAUUUUGUCUUUCCCCCUCCCCUCCCCCCUCACAAAAAAGGAGAGUCCUUAUUUGAUAUCAAAGUCAAUUAAAGCAAUCUGACCAGCGCUGGAAAUUGGGACAGUUAUCUGACAUAAGGCAUCAGGGACAUUGAAAGGGCCUGCUAUUCCCCUCACCCCCUCUUCUCCUAUCCUCAUCCCUCACCCUGGAACCUCAACUAAGACUCCCUCAUCCAGGCACCACAUACUUGCAACUCUUUGUUUCUUCCAGAAGAUGGCGUGGGUCAUCGUUCCAAAACGUGGGACUUGGGACCUGA